CCGCUCGCUCGGCCCCGGCGGGGCCCGGACCCGCCCGGCCCGGCCCGGCCCGGCCCGGCUCGGCAGGAUGAUCAAGCUGUUCUCGCUGAAGCAGCAGAAGAAGGAGGAGGAAUCGGCGGGCGGCACCAAGAGCUCCAGCAAAAAGGCCUCGGCCGCGCAGCUCCGCAUCCAGAAAGUUUGCGGGAAUUUCGGGGCCCUGAGGGGAUCCUUAGGACUGCCCCCGACCCCCGUGUCCCCCCAGGAGCCGAACCCCGAGGACCCGCUGAACAAGGAGGCGGCCGAGGUGCUGCAGAGCAACCGGCGCCUGUUCGAGCAGAACGUGCAGCGCUCGCUGCGCGGCGGCUACGUCGGCGCCACCUACUUCGAGCGCUGCCUCAAGUGACCCCCACCCCGAGCCCAAAAUCCCCAAAAACCGCCCCAAAAACGCCGCCCCGACCCCGCCGAGAAACGGAA